UUAUCGCAUAAGCCAGAAAGUACAAACAUGGCGCUUGCCUUUCCGCACAAUCUCAAUGGUGAAAUGUGUUAACAAAAUUCUUCGAAAGAUUUGUAAAUCAUAUAUUAUAAAGAAGUACACAGAAACGUAAACGCAAAUCAAGAUUUUACGACGCACGUUUAAAAUAGCAAAAUGCCAGUAGUACCAGGAGGAGUGUAUCAACAAACUCCUUCAUGUUGGGAUAGGAUGAAAAUGGGUUUUAUGAUUGGAUUUUGCGUUGGUAUGGCCUCUGGUGCUUUGUUCGGGGGAUUCUCUGCACUUAGGUAUGGAUUAAGAGGAAGAGAACUGAUAAACAACGUUGGGAAGGUGAUGCUUCAAGGCGGUGGAACAUUCGGUACAUUUAUGGCCAUAGGGACUGGGAUACGAUGCUAGGCACUUGAGAACUGUUAUGUUUAUACUUUAGGGCACAGAGGAUUGUAGCAAGAGCUCACUUUGUUCAUUUCUUAAUAAAAAAAUUUCUAUGUA